AUGUCAGUUACCUUGUCGGGUUUUCAUCAAGCUGUAUUAGAUGGGAAUAUUGCAAGUGUAAAGGCCUUUCUUUCCAGUGGGGACGUGAAGAUUGAUGAACAAGAUGAAGAUGGUAUGACAGCUUUACUACAAGCUUCUUAUCGAGGAAAUGUUAAAAUUGCGCAAUUAUUGGUUAAUUCUGGCGCAAAUGUUAAUUGGUCAAAGCACAAGCAAGGUUAUACUGCAUUAAUGUUUGGUGCACUGUCUGGCAAAAUUGAAAUUAUUGAAUACUUACUCUCUCAAGGUGCAAAAACCGAUCCAACAAAUUGUGUGAAGCGAACAGCCGCAGAAAUGGCAUCGUUUGUCGAAAAAGAGGAGUUGGUUCAAUUUACGAAACUAGAGGCAUCAUCGAGUUCUUUUCUAUCUCCAAGUCUAGUUGAUCCACUACAUUGCAUGCUUACUAACCUCAAUUUCUCUCCCGUGAAGGUUUUUAUCUAUCUUUCUUCGUCAUCGGGAAAGCCAAUUUUAGAUAAUUUCGAGAAUGUAGUCGCAGCGUUAGAAAGGCUUUGCGCGCAGCAUUUCACUCCCCACAAAACCCACGAACACAUUUCAAUGAAAUUACAUCUUCUCAGUUGCAUUGUUAAACGUGCAGGCGAGUUUCUGAAAAUCAAGAACUUCGAUGAGGGGAGAACUGGAAAGUCUUCUCUUACCUUGGAACCUUUAAUCAAGUUAUUUCUUCGAGGUACUGAUCCUCAUGGCUUAGCUGGAGGGCAGGAGUCAUUUUUGCGCAAAUGUCUCGUUUCAUUUCCGCACUCUGAGUCGAAUUUGUGGCGCCAGACAGUGACGCGAGUAAGUCAAGUCGAAGUGGGAGAAGCGCCGACCGCUCUUGCUCUCCUAGAGAAUGCUAUUAAUGGUCUCUCGCCUUUCGCUCGCUCUGCUAAGGCCGAUGAAUCGUUAUCUGCAGGUGGUUGCGAGCCCUGUGCCACUUGCGCAGACAUGCCUGGUUAUGGAGAUGGCAUCCGAUCCAAAUGGUGCUCACGCUGUCAUGAAGUUGCCUAUUGCUCUGUCGCAUGUCAAAAGCUCCAUUGGUUCACUCACAAAAAGUACUGCUCUGUUCUUAAAGGGGAAAUUUAG